GAUGCUGAGGGCUGUCUCUUACAGACAAUACGGGCAGCGUUUCGUUCCAGGGCGUGCACCCCCCUCCUGGGCACCUUUCUUGCAACCGAGGCGGUGGAGCAUUGGACUUAGAUCUAAAGGAGCAAAGCCUGGUGUAUUUGAGGACCCUCAAAUGGGGUGGACUGGACUUCUGCCAAGUCCUCCUGACCCGACAUCACUACUGCUUCUGAGCAGUGAACUUCUACUGCAGUUUCAAAUCUGGACCACUAUUCUUGGAAACAACAUGAAGCCAGUAAUCGUGGUUCAUGGUGGAGCUGGUCGCAUCUUUAAAGACAGAGAAGACGGAUGUCGUUCUGGUGUCACCAGAGCAGCGCUGAAAGGUUACGGUAUCCUUAAACAUGGAGGGAGUGCAUUAGAUGCAGUGGAAGAAGCUGUGGUAGUCAUGGAAGAGGAUCCUCAUUUUAAUGCAGGUUGUGGCUCUGUGUUAAAUGAGAAGGGUGAAGUGGAAAUGGAUGCCAUUAUCAUGGAUGGAAAAAAUCUAGCCUCCGGAGCAGUAUCUGCAGUGAAAUGUAUAGCCAACCCAAUAAAGCUCGCUCGCCUCGUCAUGGAAAAGACAGACCACAUGUUGUUGACGGACCAGGGCGCCUCUGCCUUUGCUAGAGGCAUGGGAGUUCCUGAGGUUCCUGGAGAGAAACUGAUCACAGGAAGGUCACUGGAGAGAUGGAAGAAAAACCUUGAGGCUGAUUCGAACCCUCAACAGUUUCAAAAAGACCUUGGAACAGUUGGAGCCGUUGCUAUCGACAGUGCAGGAAACGUUGCUUGUGCAACAUCAACAGGGGGGCUCACGAACAAACGCGUCGGCCGCGUUGGUGAUACAGCGUGUAUAGGAAGUGGAGGUUAUGCAGAUAACAAUGUUGGUGCCACUUCUACUACAGGCCACGGAGAGAGCAUUAUGAAAGUGGUUUUGGCAAGACUUAUCUUGUAUCACAUGGAACAAGGAAAAUCGCCAGGAGAUGCUGCUGACUCUGCCCUAGAUUGCAUGAAAACUAGAGUCGGGGGAUUGGGUGGUGUCAUUGUGAUCAGCAAUUCAGGAGACUGGGCUGCACGAUGCUCCACCCAGGAGAUGUCCUGGGCUACAGUCAAGGAUGACCAACUGCACUAUGGCAUUCAUGCUGGGGAGUGGCACACACAACCUGCCGAAGAAGCUAUUAGCUCCCUGGGAUGCUAAGCAGAAGUGAAGGAAGUGGAAGUAACGCAGCACAAUCAAGAUUAUAGACCUUUGUCGGAAACUGAAUCUGUUGUCCCCUUUCUGAAAGGACCUUCUCACCAAAUUUCAGUUCAGAUAUUCACAAUGCUGGUCUUUUUGCAGCCAAGCUAAAAUCUAGAAUGAGACAUAGUGGGCUUAAGGAUGGCUUAUGUGAGCAUAUAUAAGAUAUCCAAAGGUUUGGUUUCUUAGUCACACAACUGAAUUGCAGAAAGUCACUAUGCACAUCUUCAGUGGGGUGUAUUUGAUGAGAUAUGCAGUCUUCACAAUGGCCAUUAUAUUGAAGGCAGCUUCUCCUAUAAUGCGAUAAUUCUUGGAAACCAGUGUCCAUGAUAGACCAAAUGUAGUCUGGUGCCCCAGAUCACACUUUCGCUUUUAUCUUAUGUGCCCAUGUCACAGUCCUCUGUAUCCCUCCAUCAUGCCUCCCUUGAACUGCUCACCUGGGCCUGCUCACACCUCGCCUGCCUCUGUCCUCUGGAUCUCUCCUGAGCCUGUGUGGUGUAGUGGUUAAGAGCAGUAGACUCAUAAUCUGGUGAACUGGGUUCGCGUCCCCGCUCCUCCACAUGCAGCUGCUGGGUGAC